AUGAGUUUUGAUUUGAAAUUUUGAUUUAUGGGCCGGUUAGUGAGUGGGUGGGGCAGCAGCCAUACUUAGUUGUGUAACCUUCCAUCAGUUCCAUCCUGUCUGUCUGUCUGUCUGUCUCUCUCUCUCUCUAGCUCCCAGUCCAUCAUCCUUCUAUUGCCAUGAAGCAUAAGAUUGGAAUGGCGCUUCUCUGUCUGAUCUUUUCUCUACUCAUGUUGCUCUUUUAUUUGUCAAAAAUUACCAACACAUCUCAUCAGUCAAUAUCCACUACAGUACUUGUAUCUAGUCGUCACAGAAACUUAAUAAUAAUAAAACCAAACACAACACUUGAUGAGGCAUCAACAGAUCCAACUAGUGUCACCACUCAACCAGCCAGAGCAUCUUUCAUGAAUCCAAAUGACAUCUUGGAGUCUGGAUUCAUAGAAUACAGUUUAGGUGUGUCUCCAUUAUCUGACAUGAAGUUAGUGGGUCAUAGAGUACCUGAGAAGAUACUCAUUCCUGUUGAUAUCAGUGAUAUUUAUUUCUCUGUCAAAACUGCUUCAAUAUACCCAGACAGACUAAACACUGUUAUGUUAACAUGGGCUCAGACUGUCAGCAUUGAACAAAUAUCUAUUAUAACUGAUGCUACUACUAAUUGGACUGAUGCUUUUAGUAGUCGUGGUUACUCAAUAAGUGCAGCAACACAGUGUGGGCUCGGUCACAGUGUUCAGUCACUUUGUUGUAAAAGUGGUGUUGAGUAUGAUCGCUUUUAUAAAUCAAUAGAAUCCGGUAAAAAGUACAAUUGGUUUUGUCAUAUUGAUGAUGAUCAGUAUUAUAAUGUCUGGAAACUGAAGAGAAUGUUAAUAAAAUAUGAUCCUAACAAACCAUGGUAUAUUGGAAAGAGCCAUCAUGGACCAACGCCACUGUCUUUCUAUUUGAGACAGAAUUUUCCGGAAGCGAAAGGGAAUAACUAUAAAUUUAACACUGGCAAUGUUUAUUGCUUGAGUAAGCAGAUGAUGAAAGAAACUGAGAAAUAUUUAAGAGGUGGCAAUUUUGACAAGAGUUGUUCUAAAACAACCAGAAUAGACGAUGUGACUAUUUCAAUAAUAAUAGUUGGUGUCCUUGGACACAAGCAGACAGAGGAGAAGCAGAUGUGGUCACAUUUAGAAUUACUAGAUCAACUACCAAAAGAGGAGUCCAUGAAAAUGAUAUCAUUUGGUUAUGGACAUUUAGAAGGAGCUUAUCAUGGCAGAUGGAACACUUCAUUAAACUUACCUAAUCCUCGCUUCUCUUACAAUGCUGAUCCUACAAGAUUUCUCUCCUAUCAUUGUAUGGUGUAUCCUAAACUGAAGUGGUGUCAAUAAUGAUAAUAAUUUUUUAUUUAUGCAUGUAGCUUUGACUUUUAAAUUAUUUUAUUAAUGAUAAUUAA